GUUGCAAUCAGUUAAUGUAGCCUCUAGCACACCAGCAGAAAUUACUGAUGUAAUUGAAAAGAAUCAAGGUGACCUGCAAUUUGACGAGCAUUCAGAUUCGGAUAUACACUCUAAUAUUGAACCAAGUGGAUCGACUGCCUAUAGCAAACGUCUUAAAUCACCAUCAUAUUAUGCAGAAAGGUUGAAUAAACUAAGAAAAGAAGAAGAAAUGUCUGACAAUUUUGCAUCAAAUACAAAUAAUCAAGUGGGAAUAUAUUCACAACCAAUUGUAAAAUAUUUUAAUGAGGACUCAACACUAGUAUUGUUGGAGCCAUUGCCAAAUCAGAUGAAGGAUGUUAACAGUUGUUUAAAGUAUCUUCAAUUAUGGGAACAACACUUUGAACAUUAUCAAAAAGAGAUUACCAAUCAAUA